AUGAAAAGGGAAUUAAAUCAACCGAAUCUGGCAGAAAUUUUUAUGACUUGUAUUCUGAAGACAAUUUCAACAGCACUAGCAAUAACAAGCAUACCAAAGAAGGAAGACUGGGGAUAUGAUGGAACGCAAAAAUUCACAACAUCGCUUGAUCAAAAACACGAUGUACAAGCCGAUGCAAAUAAAGUACCAGACGACAUCGGCGGCUUGCAAAAGGCGGUUCGAUUGUUCAAUGCAAUGAAGAUUACACAGUGUGAAUCGGUAUUGGAAAAUCUUAUUACCCCGACUGAAAACAUUGAAAUCUUGAACACGCACCAUCAAAGCAUUGUCGUCAAAGACGACUCAUAUUUUGUUCCUUUUUACUUUACAGCGGUUGCGGCAGCCAAACGCGAAAAUCCAAAACAUAAAAGACGAUCAAAUGAGCGAGACGAAGAUUUAUGCUAUGAAGAGGAACAAAGCGAAAGGGAAGCGGAACGGAACCUUGAAACCGAGCCACCAAAAAAGAAGCCAGCAUCAGAACAAAAUAAUAGACCCGAGGAGUAUUACAUUGCAGCACUUCAGGAGAAGCUGCCAAAAUGGGUAAAGUCCUCGUCCAAUUUAAGAAAAAAUUCGACAGUAUUUUUGUCGGGACCAGAUACCGAUUUGGGCAUUAACAUUGCAAACGAACUGCUCAACUUGCCAAAAGAAGAGCCAUCAACCGCAAAGCUCAAGGAAAUUUUCACAAAGCUCGACCAAAGCGACAAAAACACAAAACAAGCUCUGGGGCUAUGCGAAGAAAUUGAAGCAAUGUUUUAUGUUUAUCGAUACCAUUUCCCGAUUCUCAUAAAGUUUGCCUAUGCAAUGACAAGCGAAUUGUCAAAGGCAAACAAGGAAAUUGUAUCCUUAAAGGAAAAAGCCGCAAAGUCCAAAAGAUGA